AUGACAUCUCCAAUUCGAACGGACAAAUCGCAAUUUCAUCCCGAUUUCUCUUCAUUCAUUCCCGAAUACUUACAGCCUAAGAGAUCGGCCAGGAUAGAGGAACUUCUUCUUUCUAAUAAACCACUGUUGGAGUUUGAAAGGAAAGAAUUCCUCCAAACUUCUGCCAGAGGCCCUCACACUCUUGAUGAAUUUGACGAGAAAAUAUCGGUGACGCGCCAGUUGUUGGAUUUUUUGGUGGCUGAAAGAAAUCAAGCUGUGUCCAACAUCUCGGACGCAAAAUCUCUUUCACACCCUGUGCGCUACCUGCCGGAUGAUGUGCUGCGUGCUGUCUUUCGGGCUUGUACCAAGUCCGCAGACCAGGCGUUCGAUGGGGGAUAUGCCAGUCUAAAUCCUACCGUAGCCGUUGAAUCGAUUCAACCAAAUCAGUCACCAUGGACCCUUUCCUUUGUCUGUCAACAAUGGAGAACCGUCACCAUUGACACUGCUGAGCUGUGGUCUCUCAUUGAGCUCGAUCUA